AUGGCUGCAUCAUCGUCGCAGCUAGCGCCUUCCGCAUUCCGCGGAGCACGCCUCCGCGCAAUCAAGGGGUCCGGGGAAGGGGAGAAGGGGAAGCAAGGACCGCUGAAAGUAGAGGAGGAGGAGGAGGAGGAGGAGGAAGAGGAGGAGGACUGGGAGGAGGAAGAGUGGGAAGAUGAAAUCGACGAUUUAGACGAAGAGGAGGAGGGUUUAGAGGAGGGAGAGCAGGAAGGGGAGGUGGACGAGGAGGAGGACGAUGCUGUUGUACAGAUGGCAGCAGCGGAUUGGGAGAGAGCAGCGAUGGCGGUGGUGGUGGAGGCGAUAGAGAAGCAGGACGAGAGCAGGCGCAAGGGCUGGCGGCGGCGACGGGAGGUCACGGAGGAGGUACCGGAGCAUCUGCUGCCUCGAGUGGCCAUAGUGGGGCGACCCAAUGUGGGCAAGUCAGCUCUCUUCAACCGCCUCGUGGGGCGCAACAUAGCCAUAGUGCAUGACGAGCCUGGGGUGACAAGGGACAGGCUGUACGCGCGUGCUCUCUGGGAGGGCCAGCAGUUCCUUCUCACGGACACCGGAGGCCUCAUGGACGCACCCAAUGCUGCUGCUGCUGGUGCCGGUGGUGGUGCUGCCGCUGCUGGUGGUGAUCGCAACAUAGCCAUAGUGCAUGACGAGCCUGGGGUGACAAGGGACAGGCUGUACGCGCGUGCUCUCUGGGAGGGCCAGCAGUUCCUUCUCACGGACACCGGAGGCCUCAUGGACGCACCCAAUGCUGCCGCUGCUGCUGCUGCUGCUGCUACCAGUGGUGCUAGCGGUGCUGCUGGUGCUGCUGCUGCGGCUGCUGAUGGUGCAGAGGGUGUGGGUGUGAAGAGGGGCAAGGGCGGUAGGGGCGGGAGGGCAGGGCGGGGAUCAGCUUCGUCCACUGCAUUGUUGGCACUGGCCAAGGCCGAUGGCGUCGCGGUCAUCGGUGGUGGCGGCCGAUUGGCCAACGAGCGGGCGGCAAAGGAGGCUGAGGUGGCGGGUUUGCCGGAGCUGAUUGGCCGACAGGCUGCUGCUGCCGUGGAGGAGGCUGAUGCGAUCAUCAUGGUGGUGGAUGGGCAGGUGGGUGAUGAUACACGGUUGUCCUCUACAGGGUCGAUGGGCAAGGGUUUUGCUUUAGAGGCUGGCGCAACAGCUGCUGACGUGGAGAUUGCUCAGUGGCUGCGGCGGCGCCACGUGGCAAGCAGCAAGCCGGUGUUUCUGGCAGUGAACAAGUGUGAAUCACCCACCAAGGGGCUCCUGCAAACCGCAGAAUUCUGGUCUCUGGGCCUGACCCCCAUGGCUGUAUCUGCCCUGUCAGGCACGGGCACGGGCGACCUGCUGGAUGAGCUGAUGAAGGCUCUGCCGUCCGCUGAGCAAAGCACAGGCAUGGGCACGGGCAUGGGUGACCUGCUGGAUGAGCUGAUGAAGGCUCUGCCGUCACAGGAGGAACCCGAAUCGUCCACUUCUCUUUCCGCGAUCACCGGCAGCGACACUGCUGCUACCACACAGCUGGGGCGAGUGUCUCUGGCAAUAGUGGGGCGGCCCAACGUGGGCAAGAGCAGCAUAGUGAACGCGCUGCUGGGGGAGGAGAGGACCAUCGUGAGCCCUGUCAGCGGCACCACCAGAGACGCUAUCGACUCCAAAUUCACCGGGCCAGAUGGACAGCUGAUAGAUUAUUUCCCCUUACCACCCGGCACCACCCGCGAUGCCAUUGACUCCAAGUUCACCGGACCAGACGGACAGGAGUACACAUUGAUCGAUACAGCGGGUGUGCGCAGGCGAGCAGCAGUGGCAGCAGGCAGCAGGGCGGAGGGGCUGUCAGUGAAUCGCGCGCUGAGGGCCAUCAGGCGGGCGGACGUGGUGGGGCUGGUGGUUGAUGCCAUGCUGUGUGUCACAGAGCAGGACCUUCGACUGGCGGAGCAGAUAGAGAGGGAGGGCAAGGCGUGUGUGGUGAUAGUGAACAAGUGGGACACGGUGCCGGAUAAAGACGCCACCAGCACAGUGAGCUACACGGAGGACGUGCGGGGGAAGCUGCGCUCCAUGCCCUGGGCUCCGCUGGUGUUCACCUCUGCGACCACGGGGCAGAGAGUGGCCAAGUGA